AUGGUUCAACACCAAUCAGCGGGUGGUUGCUCUUGAAGAAACAGCGGCGAAGAUGAAGGUAUGGUACGAUGCGGCGAUGGCAAAUGAGUUGGCACGAAAGGAAGAGGAGGAGAAACAGAGAAAGGCGAAGGAAGAAGAAGAACGAAGACUGAAUGAGAAGAAGGAAAGAGAAGCACUUAACAAGGAAUUGCACGAUGCUAUGAAUGCUAGGCUUGACAGUAUGUACGAAGCAAUGCGCGAGAAGAAGCAAAGUGGAGUUAUUAAGGAGCAGAAGUUUGAGAAGCUCUUGAAGGAAGUCGAAAUGCUGAGAUUGGCCCAAGGCUCGGGUGUACGGAACGAUGAAGAUUCUACUAGUCGAUCUGUCAUUAGGGAUGAUGCCUUGCUUGCGAAAGUCAUGCAAGAACACGAGGAGAUGAAAGCACAACUUGAUUCAGCUGCGGCAACCAACAAACGGGUUGAAGCGUCGGAAGCGGCGUUGAAAUCGAUGAAGUAGCAACAUGAGGCAGCACUACUCGAAGCUGAGGAAUGGAAGAAUGAGGCUCUAAAAACAUGCAACAAACGCUGCCGGUUGGC